GUAAUGGCAUCCACUCAUCCUUACAACCAAAUAAUUUUGUUUGGAGACUCAAUUACUCAGUUUAGUUUUGAUCCUCAAUUACUGGGUUAUGGUGCCCUUUUAGCUAAUGCCUAUGUUCGCAAAGUAGAUGUGAUUAAUCGAGGGUUUUCAGGUUACAAUACAGAUUGGGCAUUACCCAUUUUACGACAAUUGUUACCUACUGUAAAAGAGCAAGAGGCACAGGCCUGUAGGAUUCAUCUCAUGACCAUUUUCUUUGGUGCGAACGAUGCUGCUUUACCCAUGAGUCCUCAACACGUGCCUCUUGACCGCUUUGAAUCGAAUCUUUUAGCCAUGAUUGACCUUGUUCGAUCACCUGCUUCGCGAUUUUACAACCCUACCCUAAGACUCAUCUUGAUCACACCUCCUCCUAUUAACGAAGUGCAAUGGAAAAAGCGUUGUGAGGAGCAAGGGGAUGUCUUGAACCGUACAAACGAAGCGGCUAGUCGUUAUGCUGAAUGCGUCAGACAGGUUGGCCAGAGGGCAGAUGUGGUGGUAGCUGAUAUUUGGACCCGUAUCAUGAAGAAGACUGCUGAAGGCGAAGGUCGCGACCUAUCAGAAUUUAUGUUGGAUGGAUUACAUUUAAAUAGAAAUGGAUAUCAAGAAUUGUAUGAUUUAUUAUUAGAGAUUAUUGCAAAUAACUUUAAAGACAUUCAUCCUGAUCAAUUAGGAUAUGAGUUGGCUUAUUGGAGGGAUCUUGUAGGAAAAGAAAACCCACUAAAGCAUCUUCAUUUCCCAUUAUUACAAGACAGAAAAAUAGAUUAAAAAAAAAAAUAAAUAAAAUGAAAUCAUUAAUCAUUUAGCUUGUCUGUAAUAGUAAUAUUCUUUGCAU